AUGGAUCUCACGGUCCAUCAAUUUGAGGCCGUGGGUGAGCUGGAGGCUUGCUCUCGAGUGCAGGCUUUUCCGCACAAGCUUGCCCUGGCCGCAGAGAAUGCCCGGCGAACCGUCUCGAUCUGGCAGUGGCAACACCAGCAGCCCCGCAAGCUGACGGCUGGUCGCCUCUAUGAUGUGCAAAGCUGGUGCAUCCUACAAGGACUCACCAGCUCGGUGACGGAACCGGCCACACUCGUCGCAGUCGAACAAGAUCUUACCAUCAACUUUGUGACGGUCGCCCCUCCUUUGACCAAACUACCUAACGAACGCUCCCCCACUCCCGGCCAUCCAGAGUCACCCGUGACCCCGCAAGUCGAGCUCUUUGGUGAUGACGUCGUUUCUCUCAUGCGCCCCGUGGAAAUCAAUACAACUGUUCCCAUGAUCAUGCGCCAAUCCGAACUCCCGCUUCAGCGAACUCGGCAAUUGUUGGAAAACCACGGCUUUCCUGACGUCAAUGUAUCGAGCAUCUCGCUUCUCAGCAGCAAGGCUGAGACUUGCCUCGUACUUGUCAACCAGCGUUAUGUUUUUGCCCUGGAGAUCAAGGUGGACAAGCCCUCGCCCAUCAAAUCCCCAAUCCCCGUGUCCCGCGUCAAACCAUCUGAAUUCUCACGCACCUUUUUUGCUAACUUGGACAUGACAGCCCACGCACAUCUGGUCAUCACCGCGCUGGCCGCCAGUGAUGACUGGUCGCAAAUGGUUUUGGGCACCGCACACCACCUCAUUUGCAUCAAUUUGGGCACGUACUUUAAGCGCAAUCCGGAACAUGUGCGCAUGGGCGCUGAUCAAGGCUCCCAGACAGUUCGUCUGGCCGGACUGCGUCAACAACUUCGACAAUCCUUUGCCUCCCACACCAUUGAUAAUGCCGGACAUUCGACCUCAGGCAACUCGGCCAUAGACUCCUCCGAUGGCGUCCCAACAGCUUGGCUCCGGGUAUCCCUCUCCGCGCCUCUGCAACGCGUAGCCGCCACCAGACAUCCCACGCGUCUCAAACGCACGCGACCCUCUGAAUCUUCCCCAUCUGACGACCGCACGCUCAGCGUGCGCUCCGAGCUUCCGGCCGAGAGCUGCGUUUUGACCAUUCACGUUGCCCAGCUCGAAUUCAUGGCUGUGCUGGGCAGCUUGGAGCCAUUGGCCAACAAUGCUCCCGCCUGCGUCGGCGUCCUUGUCGGUGGUUUGGCUGCUUCUCAGGCAUCCACCUUGAUCCCGACCAGCACGCCGUGUAUCUGUAUCAGCCUCCAGCCCUUGCUUCUGUUGCGCCGUGGUGGUAUCAACACCCUUGCUCGCGCCAGCUCCCAUCGAGAACUGCUGGAUCAGUUGUACAUUCUGGACGAGACUCGUGUCGCAAAUUUACUCUCUUCCAUCAAUGAUUGGGAUCAACACACACUGCUUUUACAUGAGCUUGAGACCGCCCUGCGGUUUCAGCAGCCGGACGUUGUCAGUGCAACCCUGAAUCGAGCCCCUCACGAGCAACUGGAUGCCGCCAUGGAAGCGAUCGAACGUAACAUGACUUACCUUUACACUCAAGUCUCGUAUAACUGGGGCUUUCGAGAACAACUGUUGCAAGUGGUGCGCCGCUUUCUAAUGCAACAGAUCAAGGACGGGCAAAACCAGGAGCCAUCGCCGAAGAACGUCCAGCAUUUGCAAGCCGUUACACGUCAUUUGCAUGCUCUCUUGCAAUUUGAGGAGCGCAAAGUCCUUGAACCGGAUGUGAAACCAGUGAAACUGUCUGGCAUGGAAAGAGCGACUCGCGAUGUGCUUCGUCAACUCGCCGCUAUUCCCCCCAGCAUGCGUUCCCACUUUGAGCGCUGGAAAGGCCAGCUUAUUCUCUCCCGUGCAUGGCAUCAAUGCUCCUGCCAGCCGGCAGCUGAUAUUGUCUUGCAAGCCGUCAAUGACAACCUGGUGCAGCAAGCAUACUUGUACAUGGUUUUUGUCUGCGACCUGCAGCGUGUUACGUUGCAAGAGCCCCUCGGAGAGCAUGAGCCCAUGGAUGCGGGACUCGAAGAGCUCAGGAAGGAUUUGGCCGUUCCCAUGCUAAAUUCAGCUCACGACGUGACCCUCCCUGUCAUGCAAGACGACAUGACAGCCGCCGCGCAAGCUUUGGCAUACCACGCCAUCAUUUCCGAUGAUUUUGAUACAUGUGUGGCGGUGUGCCAGGCUGCUCUUUUGGAUGCACACGACUUUUAUCGGGCCGUAUUUAUGCAUACGUGCUACCCGCAAGUGGCGAUGCGGUGUUUUGAACGCUUGAAAAGUGCUGGGGCUUGCACCCCCGCCGAGGAACGACUUUCCACUUUGGCCGAGCGUUUUUGGCAACGCUACGGAACUCAAGACAUUGAGGUGGCAGCCAAGAAGCGCAAACUCAAAUUGUCGCGCCCUGCUCUGCCGGGUACCAUUGCCAGGGCCCUCUCGGAGCUGGUGCCCCGUGAUAAACAGACAGCGGGAACCCUUCCGCCCGUCCAGUCGCUACUGGACAUUGAUGCAGAUGGCAACUGGCUCCCGCGUCUGCUUCAACUUCGCCGGCAGCGAUGGGCCAACGCCACUCCCACGACGGCCGCACCAGCCAAAAACCGAGCUGUUGCCGGCAAAGGUUACGCACAGUGGACCGUUGCACAGCUGUGCGCCAUGAGCACUGCCACGCGGCUUUUGCUUCUUGUUGAAGAGAAUGAACUGCUCGAUGCUUCUUUGCGCGAUGUGGAGCGCUGGGCUGCAGAGCUGGGGGGCGACACCAUCCGGGAUGUUGUGCUUGAAUUGGUUAACAUGGCGUGCCAGUUGCAGCGCACCGACUGGCUAGCUUGGCUCGAGCGACUUUUGGUGACCCUUGUCCAAGAUCUCUCUCAGCCCGAGCGCCUGGCCUUUGCUCAACAGCUCAAUCUCAGACCAGCUAAUGUCUUGCUCGCUUACGAGCUAGAGAAGAUUAUGUAUCGAAUUGGUCUUGUCCAACCUGCCACCACGGUAGUCCAAGAUGUAGACCUUGGCAUUCGUUGGCAGCUGCGGCGAUUGGCCCGAGCCUCCGUGCUGCUUGACCGCGCCGGAACUGACACCCAUCCUGUUUCCUCAUUGGCUGCUCUGGGUUCUAAACACAGCAAUACGCGCAACCUCACGGAUGAGCAACACACUUUUUUGCAUCAGCUGUGCCGCGACAAUCGACUAUGGAGCUUGUACCAGCGGCUAAGUCCUGUAUCAGCGCGCACCGCCCUGAGCACCGUCUACCCAGAACUGCAAGAUCGCGGAGAUCUGGGCUUACUGGAGCAAGUUGAGUUUGAAGUUGGCCGACAAAAAGAGCCAUCGUCGUGGCUCCUCAACCUUCGGCGCUACCUCAAGCAUGAACCUGUGGUCAUGGAAAACCCGAACCACGUCUUUGAGCGUUUCAAGAUAGAAGUGGACCAGGCUGUACCACGGAUGGAUGAGCAAGAGCGGUGGCAGCUGCUGCGCUCAGCCACAAAGUUGGACGUGGAGCGCCUUUUGGCCUGGCAAGUGGAGACCAGUCACCGUGACACCAGUGGCAGCCGUGUUCCGUCCACAACCGGAGAAGCCGACCUUGCGCACUAUGCGCGACUACCCUCUUGCACCGGACCGCUCUCUAAAGCGUUUGGCGCGCAGGACAGCAUCGAUGCGUUCUACUAUUUGGAGCAUGGGCGGCCUUUGCAGGCCUACCGCCUGUGUCGCGAUGCCAACUUGACAUUGUCUCAGUGGAUCUCUGACAACGCACAUUUGGAACGCAUUUUUGAGAUUGCCAUCACCGCACGCCAGAACAGCUCUCCUUCUCGUCACGUCUCGAGCGGGUGUAUUUUCUUCCUUCUCAUGUGUAAUGAAGGGCCGGCGUGUAAUGUGCUCAAGCUGGCCCUGGACGUGGUGGACCUGUUGGAUCGCAAUUCAUCCAUGCCAACACAACCCAAAUUCGUGCACACGCACGUGACUGUGCAAUUUGCCAAAGCAGCUCGACAUGCGCGCCUGCAGGAAGCGGAUCAAGGCGCGAAUCAAGAAAUUGGAUUAGAUCUCGAGCACGCCGCUGAGCUGGUGGCCACGCUUCAGCAUGCCCUACGCUCCCUGGAACGACGUGCAGGCUUGCCUGAAGUGACUGUGCGCGACGCUUGGAGCGUGACCGUGAAGAUCGCCAAGCUCCUGCAACAGCCUACUCCAACCGGAUAUCUGGAUCGAUGCUUAAUGAACAACGAUUGGGUGAACAUGCUCACCUUUGCUGAUGAGCUCGAUUUGGGCCUGACUGAGAUGUUUCAAGUUGUCGAAGGCAACAACGCUGAAAAUGCGCCAACCAACCUGGUCCGCCACCUGCAGCUCAUGUUGCACCGACUUGACCCGGAGCGCCGAGUGGCACGAGUAGCUCCAAUCAAUAAGCGCUGCAUCACGAAGGGACAUGACAUGGAUUUGGCUGAAGUUCUCGCAAACUUUCCGCCUGGCGAGGAUCUGGGCUCGAAUUUGUUGCACGAAGCAGUUCGCUUGCAAAGCACAACGUUGGCCAUCAUGGCUCAUGGCGUGGGCAACAACCGAAACCUGUCUGUGCACUGCAUGCUGGUAUGGCUGGCCGUGACGGUUCACCUCCCAGUCGACGCAAGCAACGACUGGUACGCCCGGGACGUCAAGGAAGAUUUGAAGGAGUUGAUCUUGCAGGCUGCCAGUCAGGGGCACCUCCAAGUUGUCCAGAGUGCGUUUAUGGUGUUCGACCCGACCUCGCCAUUUUUGCAUUUCUUGGUCGCCAUGGUUGAGGCUUGCGAAGGCCGGGCGUCUGGCUGCCGCAAGAAUCUUGAAGGUUACCGGGCGGUUUUGACGCAAACGACGCCUGACCUUGCUGCUCAGCUCAAAAUCACACUGGGGCCCCUCAAAUGGCUUGACCAACUGGCUGGCGACCUCAUGGACUGCAUUCUUUUUCGCUCAUCUCUUUGGGAAUUUUAUCGAGAGCUACUACUGGAGACGUUGGCAAAGAUCAACUACAGCGAUCGCUAUGUGCGCGAACACAAGGCGUCGCAAUUGCUUGCGCAGCACGGGCUCUCAAGCGCUCUCAUCGCCAAACCUGAGCAAGCUGUGGCUGAGUUUCUGCAGCGUCAUCAAUACGAUACGGCACGCGAGUUUGCUCUGCUGUUUGACUUCCGCAAAGACCACAUUAUGCUGGAAGAAGCUCGCUACAAACUGCAGGAGAUGCAUCGCACUUGCUUUGCCAACUCCGAGACGUCCCAGAACGUCUUGCUGGAAAUAUGCCAUAAAAACUUCCUGGCCGAGAACGUAUCCCCAUGUUUGCUCGCAGGUUUUUAUUUGGAUAUUGCCUCGAACGAUGAGUACAAUUUUACGGCUUCUAUCCGUGUUUCUCUACUGGAACGUGCUGCUGACUUAUAUCAGCAGCAUGGCGAUCCCGACGCUCUGGAAAAGGCCAAGCAAGCGACCGCAUUGAUGUGGCGGUCAUUAAUUGCUCUCCUGCAUCAAGAUCCCAGUGCCAUUCCGCUUCCGCCUUCCAUGGCGCGAGGUCGUGAAAACUUUGCACGGGGCUGGGGCACUGCGGAAGCCAUCUCGCAGCUUCCCGGCGAGCUCGACACCAGUUUGCUGGCUUGGGAUUUUGAUUUUGCAGCCCACCCCACCAUUGAUCUACUUCUGGCCGCCCUCUUUGACCGAGGAGACUUGCGCACGGUUACAGACGUUGCACAGGUCCUGGACCGGCGACACCCCGACUUGGCCAUUGCUCACGUCAGCUCACUUUUGGCGCAGGAAACCUUGACACCCUCGCAGGCUCUGAGUAGCUUGCAGCCCAUGCUGCAGGACGAAAAGACGCCGGGCAGCACUGCUGAUACCCUUCGGCAGUUGGUCGAAUCCUGUAGUGUCGGUCGCGCCUUUGUCGAGCGUCUCCACGUCAACUAUCAAGUGGCCAAGCAGUUGAACAUGACACUCAAGGCUCUCUUGUCAACGGAGGCGCUGCGGGCCGUGCGCUUCCUUCUUCAACAAGGCCCAGACGCUUUGGGCUUGGGCAAGCGAUUUUGCCAAGUGAACAAGCUGGAAACUAUGGCAGUCACAGACGUGGUGGCCACGGUUUACAUCAAAGCCAUUGCCAAAAACGAUGAGCGUUGGUUGGAUCUCGACACCUCCACUCUCGCAGCCAUGGGCAGUUUUGUCGAUGCGCCCGCUGACGUUGGGCAUGCCCUCCUGCGUCUGAAUGCCUCAAAAGAGAACGGUCUUGAAACAAGCGUGUCUCAGGUUAUUCUCAUGUCCGCAGCAUACGCCUGCUUUAAGCUUGGAUGCGACAUGAGGGGACUACAGCGCGUGCAUUUCCAUGUGCAAAACAACCUUGUACCCCGUCUAGAAGCCGAAGGCGAUUAUCGCAACAUGAUGAAGCUGGUCAUGGGACUCAAGACAUACCGUCGCCUCGAGUAUGUCUUUGACCACCUUUACAAGCACCAUCAACUCGAAGUCAUGCUCGGCUCGUCAACCCGAGACUUGAGCGCAACGGAGCAAGCAGAGUACAAGACGGCGUUGGUAGACUUCUUCCAGCGCCGAUACCCAGAGGACACAGAUGCCUUUGAAAUGCUGGCCCUGCGCUUCUCUCUGGACUAUGAAAUUGGGCAGUCUCGUCUCAAGAAUGCACGUCGCAUCGCGCAAAAGCCCAACCUCAAGUUUGAUGACUUGGAACUGAGCAUCCAGAUGUUACGUGAGGCCGCCGUCAAGUUUGACAAAGCGGCCUGCCCCCAGCUAGUGCGCGAGUGUUUGCUGCUUGCACGUAUCGUGGGUCUGCAGGCCCAACUGCAGCCCAAUGUGCUCGACCUGAGUCGCAGCGAGCUGGAGCAGUUUCUUGUGUCCCACGGCGCCUACCCGGAGGCAUCAAUUGUGGCCCAGUACUACGGUGCCGACAACCCCACCGUUUGGCUUCGGCCCGUAUUUCAUCAGGUGGUGGAGCUGGGCAAUGUCGACUACUGGACUGACUGUGCUCAAGGCAACAUGUUUGAGGCGUCCUUCUACCGCAGCGUCGUGGAUUUGUACCUCAAACGCUUGAACGAGACUUCUGAUCCCGGCCCAGAUGGCGUCUGGGCUGAGCGUGUUGUGGCCAUUUUGAGUGAUUGUCCUGAUGCAGUAGCCAUCUACGACAAGUGCUGCAAAAUAGAACAGGAGGCCUUCCGGCGAUUUGCAUUUCAGUUGCUCCGUGAUAGCAUAUACUUGAAGGAUCGAACGGCGCUGUAG